AUGAGUAACGGAGCUUACGCACACGUAGUCUUCUGGGACUCCACUGCCUGGCUCGGUCCAGCAUGUGUAUUUGCACCAACAUGCGCAACAUUGCUCUCUUUUACGGUCAAGACUCUCGUUAAUAGCUCAACUCAUUUCGCUAUGCGUGGCGGAAGAGACAUGCUCAUAUCAGAUGCUGCAACAUCAACACUGUCCGACGGCAAGGAGACAAUGAGUAUCGGACCAGGCCCGAGUGUCAAGCAUGGGCUAGCCUCUUCUGGUGGAAAGAUCAAGGCUUAUGAGGCUGUCCUUGCGGAUGGUACUAUUGCCACCAUAACCGCCAACAACAGCUACUCCGACCUCUACUGGGCACUCGGCGGCGGCGGAAACUCCUUCGCCUUGAUCACCCGCUUAGUCCCUCAAACCUUCCCAUCCAUCACACCCCUUCUCGCAGAUGCGCACUACGGCUCCACCAACGCAACUCGAGACGCCUACCUCGCCACCGUCCUCAGCAUGGCCCUUCACAACGACGAAGACCUCGCCGCAAUAACAAUCCCUGUCGUCUGCUGGGGACCCAACUACACCGCACCCUCGUACGAAAGCACACUCUUCUACAACGGCACGUUUGCACCAUCCUCCGGUCCAUUCGCUGAUUUCCUCCAACAUAACACAACGGGUCUGAGAGCACUAAAUGGCACCUCAACACUGCGCCCCAUCUCCCUCGCAUAAUACAGUGUCGCGAUGCGCUCAACUAUCAAGGAGGGCAGACAGUCCUACGGUCUGCGCCAGAAGUUUCG